AGUUGGUCGGAGGAAGGUGGACUAAGGAGUGGUGGUUUGGUGGCGUCUCUCUGAAAUCCGAACGGAAAAUUUUGGGGGAAAAAAAAGAAGGAAAGAUGACGAUGGCGAAGGAAGGAGGAACAGCGCAGGAGAAUGAAUAGAAAUAGCAGAGGAAACAGAAUAUAAUAAUAGUUUUUUUUUUUUUUUUCCAAUUUGUCAAAAGAGAAUUCCUAAUCGAUGAAAUGGAAGGAAGGGGUUAGGGUUUUUGACGUGGGAUUUGAAACGAAGAUCUCAAACCUGAAACUAGUAAAAGGAGCUGGAUCAUCCUAGAAAGGAUGUUGGUUUUAUUGUUUUUGAUGAUGGUUGGUGAAUAUAUGUGGGAGAGAUGAAUUAAAAACACUGCUUCUUGCUGUUGCUGUUUUUUCUUCUAGGAUCCUCUCAGUAACUCUCUUUCUGCCAAAAUUCAACCUAACUGCUGUUGAUACUUGUUAUGCUCUUGAUUGCUUUGCCUCCUCCUGUUUUUCUGGUAUACUAUUUAUAUAUAUAGAUAGAUAGAUAGAUAGAUAGAUAAAUAUAUCUCACCUGGAAACAUGCAUGCUAGACAUAGAAGUCCUGGAAAUGGGUAUAAUAGGUCUAGUUCAAUAGGGGUGGGACUUGCUGCCUCCCGGAUCUCUCCAGAAAGUUCAGGUAGAGGCCACGGGUUUUAUAAUUCUGAGUACCGGAACUUCAAGCGUGGUUUUGGACGUGGCCAAAACCAGUCUAAUAAAGCAAUCCAUCCACCCACACCACGCAAAGGAAAUGACCUUUUUAUGGAAGCAGGCCGGCUUGCCGCGCAAUAUUUGGUCUCCCAGGGACUUUUGCCCCCCACUGUAUUACCUGGCAAAUGGCACAAUAGUAAUCUAAAGAAGCAGGCAGGGGACUUCCAGGAUUUUAGGUCUUUAGAGGGAGGAGAUAACUUGCACCUUCCUCAGGAUGGCAGGACAUCAGCACUUGCUCGUCUUGGGACUUCUCCCUCUGAUACAGGUAUGGGUAGGAGGAGAUAUACUGAUGAUUAUAACCCUAUGGGGUCAAGAAAUCAUAUGAAAGGAAGAAGGAGACAAGUUUUUCGGAAUUAUGCACCAGAUUUGGGUCGAGAAUAUGAUGAUGAUGAUGAUAACACCAUUUCUGGACGUCAUGAAGAGCAACAGCUUGGUAAAGAUCUUGGUAAUGGGUUGCAGAAGUAUGGUUCAAGCGAGUCUGCCCCAAAAAGUGAGGAAGCAGGUGAUUCAGAAUCUGAAAUGGAAAAGUACAAUGUACAAAAGGAAAUGGCCGCAAAGCCAGGUUCUUCCAAUGCUGGGAAUGAUCUGCAGCAUGAGACUGAUGUGGAACACUCAAAGAUGUCUGAUGGUUCAACAAAUUUGAAUGCAGGAACCGUGGAGCCUGAAGAUGGAAAUACUAGUGAUGAGACUGAAAUAAAGGGUACCAUGGAGGAAUUGCCCAUCCACCACAACAGUGCUGAGGUUGAGUCACUCAACAAAUAUAUGACUGAUUUACUUGCAGUGUGCAAAUUUGCAAAUGUUCCCACUAAAAAACGCUCUUCAUUGUCAUUUAAGGCUUUGAAGCUUGACCCAAUUGCAAAGGAAGAAGAAAAAAGUGCUUCUGAUAUUGGACCUGCAAGAAGAUCUGAAGUCCUUGGUGAGGAUGAUUCUUUUGGGGGGUCUUCUACUGAUCUACUAUUAUAUAAAAGUCAUGAUUUGACAUAUCUUGAUUCCGAGACUUCUAAAGACCUGUCAUUUCACCCUGCUGAAAAUGUUGGAGAAUUGGAUCAUGUAUAUGAUGUUGUGCAGGAAAAGUGUAAGAGGUCUCAAUCUUUCCCUGAUGGAGCUCUUUUGCAUGAUAAUGAGGAAGAUUUAAUUCGGGGAAUUCCUGAUCUCCCAAGGAGCAGCUCCAUGGUUGAAAACAGAGGUGAAAAACGAGCUCUAGAACAGAGUGAUUUGGAGGAUGUAACUAAGAAACAAAAGGAAUGGUUUCAGCCAAUGGCUAGUCUGGUGGAUGAUAUCAGUGUCCUUUCUGUUCUUAUGGAUAAAAAAGGGAGGUCAGAAGAAGGGAGGGAUUUGCCUUCUGAAAGGAUCAGUGUGACCAUCAAUCAACACAGCUUCAUUAAUGAUUCUCAAUUUUCAGAUGGGGAUGCUGUUGAAUCUGGUGUCAAGUGUGCAGAAGAGAAGCAGCUUUUUCCAAGUUCAUUCAAGAUCUGUGAUCUUAAUCUUAUGGAAGCUGAUAUUAGUGAACACCAUCAUAGUAACCCCAAUAUUUCUUACCCCACUACUUUAGAAACCAAAUCAGAAUCACAAAUUGAUAUAGAUUUGUCAAUCAGUAACUCCAAUAAUUCUGGUGAAGGUAGCAGACACGUCAGUGGCUCAAAGGGGAUUGAAGUAAUUGAUCUGGAGAAUGGCUCUACCGAAGAAAUCAAAGCUGUUAAUAAUUCGGAGAAAAAGAGUGAACCAAUGUAUGUGGGCAUGACUAGUGAUAUUAAUGAUGUUCCUGAUAGUUAUGAUGGGCUUACGCUCACAGAGUUCUUGGGAAAUUUUUCAAAUAAUCCUCAUGUAUCAGAGGAUAUCAAUCCUGAUUAUCUGCAGAAUGACAACAUUAACCCUCUGCAAAAUGAGGAUAUCAAUCCCAUGCAGAAUGGGAUGGGGCUUCAUAAUGGAGAGGGAACUCUUGGUGAUGAUGAUUCAAUUUAUAUGUCACUAGGGGAAAUACCAUUAAGUAAGUGUGAUAUUUAAUUUCAUUGUUUGUUGUACUAGAAUUUGUCAUGAAUCUAUCAAAUGUGGUGUUUGGGGUACUUGGUAGAGUGUUGAUUAGCACAUUAAACUUGCAUGCAUCAAAUGAAUAUUAGAUGAUAAUGGCCAUCAAAUCGAAUUUGUAAGAAACAUAAUUCUAUUUCUAUAUUGUUGAUAGCAUACUAAGAGUAACAGAAUGGGAAAACAGGUGCCUAGGAGGCUUUCUCUCUUAGAAGCUUUUUGACAGUUUCCUUUAUGAUUGGUUAAACAAUUUUAGUUGUAAGUUGCAUCAAGUUUCUUAGAGGCGGUUGUCUCAGGGGAUCGGAGUAUCUGGUUCUGCAUUGAACAAGCUUUUGUUUAUUGGGUGCUAAUUAACCAUUAAGAAUCUACCGGUCGCGUAAGGUCACCUUUUUGUUGACUUUGGCAUUGAAUUCCUUAAGGUCAUAUUUAGUUUGAUGGAACAGCUACAGCUAUUCCUGGUUGAUGAUAAAAACUAAAUGUAAAACAUGGUGGGUGUGUGGCAAAAUGGGAAUCAGAGGGAGGAAAGUGGUUGCCUUU